UCAAUACUGGAAUCAGUUUGCUGCAGUUCACUGAACAUAAUCUGGAUGACCUGAGCAACAAGGAUGCCAGCAGCCAUGAGUUGCUAAAGGAAGAGUUGAGGCUUCUACCGAUGAGCAGUAAGAUAAGCAUGCUAACACACCAAAAGAAACCAGCUACUAGGUCCUGUAGUUUGGGCGAUAUGGUGCCGAGAAGUCACACUUUUCACUCCACAUGCCAAGGGCAAGAUGAAAUCCUUGAAGAUGAGGAAUCCCCACGUCAAAGAAGGAUAACUGUUGCAUCCUACAUUCCCCAGUCAACAGACCAAACUGGAGAAAGUGCAGUGAAGCAGGAUUCUAAUGGGUACAGUGCCAAAACUUUAGCAGAGCUGAACACGGAGGAGGUCUGCCAGUGGUUUAGUAAUAUUGGUCUACAGAAAUGCCUGCCCUUCAUUAGAGAGGCAGAGUUCAGUGGAUCUCACAUCGCUUCUAUUGAUCUCCACACCCUUGAAAUCCUUCAAUUGUCCGGUCUGGAGGAGAGAGAGAGACUGCUGUCUGCCAUCUACCAUGAGUUACACCCACCGAACGCCACCACCCAAAGACUCAACUCCCUCCUGGAAAGGUUUGGCCCACACAAUGUUGAGAAAUUCACAGCGGCUUUGGUGUCCAUGACCAAGUCAAAAUCUUCUCCUCAAGUUAGCAGCAACAUGAACCGAUGCUCAUUUAAAUUCAGACAGAAAGAGCAAAAUGCUAGAUUUCAGAAGAACUCACAUCUCAUUGAAAUCACAGUCAAUGCGUUGGAUCGUACAGUUCAUUUAAGGACACCUAAAGAGACAAGUGUGGGAAAAGUAAUGGAGUCCUGCCUGAGGAUGCUGGGAAUUAAUGAAGACAAAGAUCACUUCAACCUGAAAAGCAAAGAAGAUGAGUUCUCCCCUGAGCAGCAGAUUGGAGAUUUGCCUGGCUCAGAAACAAGACUAAUGGAGCUUCACUUGUGUAGGAAGAAAGAUGGUCCUGAUUCCCCAAAUAACAUUCAUACCGCCGACGAUAUUCAGAGCAAAAAUCUGCUAAACAACACCGGCAAGAUUCGAGAGCUAAACCAACAGGUGGCCUCCCUUCAAAAUGUCAUCAUACAGGUUCAGGAGCUUUACCAUGGCCUGGUGGCCUUCUGUUCAGAGCUGAAGAAGAUGGAGGGAGACAUGGAUGCAGUGCAAACAGACAGCUUGGAAGUGAAGAGGCGUCUCAGCGAAGCCCAGGACAGUUUGAAGAGGAAGAGACAGAGCCUUCAAACACUCAGGGACAGUCUUAACACAGUACCAGUGCAGAAGAAUAAGCCAUCAGAGGUCCGACUUCUGGAGAAGAUGAGGGUGAACUGCCAGGUGUUUAAAGACGAGAUCACACUGGUCCACCUAAAUCGGCAGGUGGCUCACCUGCGUGAAGUUCUGGAGAAGACCCAGGCCAAGGAGAAAGCUAAGAGGAAGAGCCCUACUCUGACUCAGCUAGUCUCUUUGCAGUCUCCUGUCAUGUUGGUGGCCACCCAAGUGAAAGCAGACCCAGACGGUCAUUAUGGUUUCUCUGCACGCUGGGUAGAGGGCCAGGGAUUGAUGGUGGUACAGACUGAGGGUACUAGUCUCUGUCUGAAUGACAGGCUGGUGGAGGUAAAUGGGGUCAGCGUCUUGGGGAGCACUGAGGAUGAGCUGGAGUUGCUGCUCAAGACUCACAUUGCCCACAUUAUUGUCCUACGCCAACUGGCCCAAGAGCAUCCACAGGAAAACCCUUCUGCAAUCAGUGAUCACCAGGACAUACAAGUGCUGCAGAAACACCAAGCAAUGUAAACCAACUAAAUGCUGUCUUUCCUGUCAAUAAGAAGAAACACUGUCUUUCCUAACACUUUCUUUCAUGUAUUUCUGCAGAAACAUAGUCAGACACAUCUGAGACAAUCAUAUCUGAUGUUUUAUCCCACUUAUUAACGUAAUGACAUUUGUCUUGUAAGAGAAGAGGUUUAUAUGUUCACACUGCAUUGCAUUCUCUGGGUCAUUUCGGGGCAGUUUCAAUUUUGGGAGGGUAUGACUUCAUGUUUUCGGGUUGAUACUAAUGUAAUAGCCAUAGUCUCAUUUAAUGGGUGGGUCAGUCAAAAAUUGCUCAUAAAAAUGGCAAUUGCAUGGGAAAAAGGCAUUUUGAAUUCUAAAUUGCAUUCAACCAUGAAGGUCAAGUUAGCAAAAUAAAUCAUUGUCAUAACUUUCACUUUGUACAGGCAGCUGUGGUGAAAUAGAAGGCAAGGAAACUUCCUAUAAGACUGACAUUAAUGAGGAUAUAGAUAUCAAAGCUGGACUUUUUUAAAAUGGCUAAAUAUUUAUUUCCAUGACAGUGCCUCAUGUCAAGGAUUGACUCGAGGAGCGAAAUGAAAUGAUGUAGCUGUUAAAGAUGUUAAAGGUUUUUUUAUAUAUAUAUAUAUAUGAAUUUGUAAAUUAUAAGCUUCAUGAAGAGGUCUGAUUAAAGUUUAUUACAAUGUGUGAAAACCUGCAAGCGGCCACCAUAGGUUAUUCCACAGAAAUCUGUGUGAACAAAAGAAAGAAUAUAUGUUUUUUCCUACUUCUCUCUUGGAAAAACAUAGGCGAAUUGUUCAGGUAUGGAAUAUACUGUCAGGAAGGGUGCAAUUUUUUUGUUACAUACCCUGUUCUGACAUUUUUGUAAUGUUUUUAGUAGAUUUAAUCAAGAUCUAUGUUAAAGGAAAGCCACACACACACACAAAGUGUGACAGAUGUGCUGGUUUAGCCCCACGUCUUGAUGCCUCUGUGGACCCCAUAUAUCCGGUCUUGUGGUUCAACCUUGUGGGUUUCAUUGUAAGCCUAUUAAUAAAGAAACUGGGCAUUCUAA